CACCUCCUUGUCACAGAAGGUGUGGUGCUGAGACGACAUCAUCCUCAUCGAUAGACACAAGCAUCCUGUCAGCUCCAUACGCGUCUCCACACUUCUGCCAAUCGAUGCUGUGAGCAAACCCUACAGGUGCCACGUACACGACUCCCCCGCUUUCCCAAACCACCUAAUCGAGGUUUGGAGCGAAUCAAGGUUCUGGCCCCAGAAUCUCACUUCUGCUUAGACCAGAACCAUGUCAGAGCCAGUCUCAUCUUCGUCUCCCGCCUCGGAGGCAGAGCCAUCAGCGGCCGAGAAGGCGCGCCGGCAAAGCCUGCUCCACGCUGCUUCCCUCUUCGGCAGCGAUGGAGAUGAUCCCUUUGCGUCUAUUAGUACGCAAGGGCUAGAGCCUACGGCAGAAGAAGACGAGACGAUCACACACGAUCAGGUCGUCGAACCGAGCGCGCCUGCCGAGCCAGUCGUGGCCUCAGCUGAGGAGAAGGUAGCUACACCUGACCUCUUCGGCGAAUCUGACGCACCGGACGACUGGCUGGGAAACUCUGGAGGAGUCGAACAGCCCGGAUAUACCGAUCAGUCAUCAUGGCCGCAAGGCUCCGAGUAUCCUGCCCACGCUACCGGCGAGGCCUGGCCCCCAUUGGAUGAGAAUGCGAAUGGAGAGCAGAGCGGGUACUAUGAGCAGCAGGGCUACUCUGCUCAAGCCGGCUAUGAGGGACAGAACUAUGACUGGAGCCAGCAGCAGCAUCAACAAGAGGGAGGCGACACAUACAACUGGGACCAGCAAGCGCAGAAUGGAGAAGCAUCGUAUGAUUGGUACCAAGAGAAUGGCCAUGACGCUGCUGCUGGUCCAUCGGAUCCUUACGCUCCUCGCGCUGGUGAAGCGGAGCAGUACAGUGCCCACGGAGCUUCACAGCCUGCUCAAGCCUAUGAACACGCUUCUGCAGAAGCCCAGUACGACUCUUCCCAGUAUGCUCCGCAAGAACAGCAGCCUGGUGAAUGGUAUCAGCUGCCGAAUGGCGAAUGGGCUCAGACCACCAAUGAAUGGCCACAGCAAGAGGAGCAGCAUGCAGACUACCAACAGGAUCAGUACGGCUACGAGCAGCCUGCAGCUCAGUCUGAAUAUGAGCAGCAGUACGAUGGGUACAGCUACGACCCAAGUAGUCAGCAUCAGUCAGACCAGUACGGCUACGGGUCGCAGAAUCAGCAGUAUGACUACGCAGGCGAUGCAGGACAGGGGGAAUCCUACGCCCCACAGAACGAGUAUCAUCAUGACCCUUACGCUCCACAGCAACACAAUCCGUACGCCCCACAACAGCAAGACAUCCCGAGCAUGAACGGCGAUCAAGCAUACUACGGAGACGAGCGCUCUACGCACCCCCUCGGCAGCAAUGAGACUGCCGAGGGGUAUGCAUAUGGUUCUCCGCAGCCGCCUCAUGCUGGAGUACAAGCGUAUGAUAUGGUCGCACAAACUGCUUCAGCAACGUCCUACGACGGCUCCUACGAUGUGUCCGACUACUCGCCAGGCGCAGCAGGAAGUUCUCAUGGUAUUCAGAGGGGCCCCUCUGCAGACCACUUCGACCCGUAUGCGCCUCCGUCUUCUCAGAGCACGGGUCAAGAUCCCUCCUCAGCAUCUGCCCUCCCUCUGCAACCCCCGCCACAAGGUCCUCCACGCGGUCCGCCUCGCGGCCCUCCUCGCGGACCCCCACGGCGAAAGACUGCCGAUGACCAGGUGACCUCGACCACCGCUCCUGCUCCCCUCCCUGUUGAACAGAGUGCCCUUGCCGCAUCCGAUGAGCCCGCAAUUGCAUCAAGCACAGCGGACUAUGCUGCUGAAACUACCCUGCCGACCGGAAGCAAGGAAGGUCAAGAGGAGGAAGAGGUCACUGCUCAGAAGACAGGUCACUCGGACUCCUCUACCAAAUUGAUCUCACCGGCCGAUUCGUUCCUCUUUCAUCAGCCUCCCACACCGAGGUUGACGAUCACUGAUGAAGACGGAGCGGAAGAAACUCCGGCGGAAGUGCAAUCUGCCCAUAGCGAGGCUUCUGACGAGCUUGACGAGGCCACUCGGGACUUCCAUGAGCUGCGACUUGGUCAGAAGAAGAAAAAGAGCUCCCGUGGCAGUCUUCGUAGGGAAGCUGGGGAUCAACGGUCGCCCGGCUUCUCGGAUCGUGCUGCCUCACCUGCUCUUCAUGCCGAGUCGACAGCGGAAGAUGAGCAAAGAGAUGUGGAAGGAGAAUACUUCGGAUCAUAUGCUGCUCAGAAUGGACUGCCAACAGACGAAGCACAUUACAAUCCCGAAGGCGGAAGCGCCGAAGCUGACCCAUAUGGCUCUCAAGGCCCGUACAACCACCAACAAAGUUCGAUGUACGGAGGUCCCCAAAGCGUCGAAGGCGUCGAAGGUCUGCCCGCCCACGACGAUACUUAUGCCUCGACCGUGCUCGAUCCAUAUGGCGCGCCGGCGGGUCACGGCGGAGUCCCUCAGUCGCAAAAUGAGCAGGGCUACGACCCAGAGGGAGGGGAGCCGGAACAGAACUUCAGUCAGCAAGACACUUUUGACCGUUAUGCAGCGCCUACUUCGGAUGUGGAUCCUUACGGAGCACCGUCAAAGGCCGAUGAUGACCCCUAUGGGCCCUCAGCUCCUUCCGCAUAUGACCCCUACGCACCAAGUACAGGCACUGGCUUGCAUGGUGCCGAUGAUUUGAGGGCAAACAGCCCUGGCUAUGGAGCUGCUGCGAACAGUGAGGAUGCGUACGGACCAAGCGCGUAUGGCAAUGAUUCGUAUGCAGGAGAAUCAGGGUAUGGUCAGGCACUGUACGGUCAGAUGAAUGGCAUGGGUGUUGACCAUCGGCUGUCCCAGGGACAGGAUCCCUCCUACCCAGGCCAGUCAGACGACGAAGCAAUACCCGACACACCCACCGCUGCGCGACCUCGCGAGCUGGACUAUGACUACGCUGGCGCACCAUACUCUCAUGCUGGCAGCGCGUAUGGCGGACCCGACGAUGACAUCAGCACCCCAUACGGAGCCGCGCCAUACGGCAUCAGUGAGGGCAUGUCCGGCAUGCGUCAGGACGACCAUUAUUCGAAUGACUCUGGAGCUCCGACAAUCACACGUCAAGCAAGCUCGUACGAGCCUGUGGCUCCUGGAUCGACAGGCCACGGGACACUUAGUGGGCAAGGCACAGAUCCCAUCGAGGAGCGCAAGAGAGCAAAGAUACCCAUCGUCAGCUUUGGCAUCGAUGGUAAGCUUGCCAUCUUCUUCCCUUCAUCGGGCGGACCGGCAUAUGAGAGCGGAGGUGCGGGAGGCUAUGGCGGCUUUGGCAGCGACUCUGGUUCAAGAAAUCAGAUCGAGGUCAGGCAACUGUCGGAGCUGAUUCCCCCGACGAGUUUUGCAUCGUCUUUCGAUCCUCUGCAGUUCCCGGGUCCUGCUUUUGAGAGCACUGGAGCCCCUUCCGGAGCUCUAGCUCGUGCUACAGGCUCCACUGGUGUCCCAGCUGCCGUCAAGACCAAGAAGGCUGCACUCGUCAAGUAUCUGCAGGAUGCCGCAGAAGGCAUGGAGGCUGGUGUUUCGUAUCGGAAAAAGCGGGCAAAUGGAAGCGACGGUGUGGCAGAUUCAGAGGCGAGGAAGGACGCACAGACUGCAGAGGACCGGAUCCUGCUGAUGAGACUGCUCGCGACGAUGCUGGAACAUGACGGGACUAAUGCAGCCUUCUUCGAAGCUGCAAAAGCCUUGUUGUGCUCGAAGAACCCAGAGACAGCUGCCACUGCCUCGACCUUCGCUCCCGCAUACAUGGCUGACACGCAAGCCGAUGACCUGGGUCCCACCAUUCGGACCAACAGUGUUCGCAGCGGCUCCCUUCGACGCAUUCGAGAUUUGCUCGCCGCAGGCCAUCGAGACGAAGCCGUCGACUUUGCCAUUCAGCAGAAGAUGUGGGCUCAUGCCAUGGUCAUCGCGAGCGCCAUUGACCAGGUGACUUGGCGCAAGGUGGCCAGCAGCUUCAUCGAGGAUGAAGUCGGCACAAGUGGCGAAGCGGAUGCGGACACAAGCUCUGCCAGCUUGAAACUGAUCUACAAUCUCUUCUCGGGUCAAGAUCCCAGUUCUAUCUUCGACAUAUACCGGCGGCCACAAGCACUUGGUCCUGGUCAAGCCACUUCGGAUACUGCUGAUGGCGGUCUGACAGCCGAAGCCUCUGAUUGGAAGAAUGCUGCUGCAAUGAUCCUGGCCAAUCGCUGCUCGGGAGAUUCAGCUGCGUUGACGGCCAUGGGAGACGGUCUGCUUCAAGGCGGCUGGCAUGAGGCAGCUCACGUCUGCUACCUCCUCUCGCCGCAGACGUCUCCACUCGGAGGUGGUGGCGGCGACGGUGCUCGAUUCACCUUGCUCGGCGCCCCGAGUCCGUUCGCCAGCACAGCUUUCCUCCGCGAUCUGGAUCACUUCAUCCUCACUGAAGCUUAUGAACUCUCACAAGGUCUCACGCCUACUACCAAAGGUCAAGAAGCUUACAGUGGCCUUCCUCAUUUGCAGGCCUACCGCCUCGUCCAUGCUUACCAGCUCGCUGAGCUUGGCGAGGCCAAACGAGCUCAGAAGUACUGCGAAGCCAUUGCUAGUGUCGUGAAGGCGUCUUCUAAGCACUCACCCUACUUCCACCGAGUUCUUGUAGGACAGCUCAAGGAGUUCUCUGAUCGUCUGCUGGGCGCGCCUCAACUCGAUAGCGGUGGCAACUGGGUCACGCGCAAGAUGCAGCGACCGACCUUGGACGGAAUGCUCUCCGUCUUUGAAGGCCGCUUCACCAAGUUCAUUGCUGGCGAUGAGAGCACAGACAGCUCGCAAAGUACCGCGACCAAGUCCAAGCCUGGAAGCGCUGCUGGGUCUACAGUGGGUGCCUUUUCGCACUUUAGCUCCAUCACACCUGAGGCUACUUCGGGCGGCAUCUCGAGGGUGUCUUCCUUCACCGAGUACAGCGCCUCUACAAGUCGCCCAUCUUCGCGCGCUGCCUCAGUGAGGGGCGGUGGGCUGCAAGGCCCCAAUUCGACGAGCACGCCUCCGUCCUCUUACUCCUACUUGCAGCACCAGCAGCAGCAACCGCUAGGUGCCAGUCUGCCACCCUCUGGCAUCCCAUCCUAUGCUAGCUCCCAACACUCCCGCGUAUCGAGUCACGAGUCUUCAUCUUUCCCGCCCACUACCAACGAUCGAAAUGCAAGCUACCCCUCUAGUGAUGCUGGAGGCUACGGCACGCAAACGUACAGCUACGGGCAGACAGAAGCAGCACCUUGGCCCGGGCAGGCUGCUCCUGGGUCAGAGUACGGCGGAGAUGCGCCAUUGUAUGGCUACGACAGCUCAUCAGCAGCUGGCACGGGUCCCAAGCCCCAAUUCAUCAGCAGCCUCGGUGCAGAUCUGGACCAAGGCGCUGAUCCUAAUGGCUUCGUCUCGCCGAUGGAUGUUCUGACGCCGAGCGCAUCGUCGUACUCUCCUUCUUCCUAUGCCUUUGAUUCGCCAGUUGGUCAACAGGCGAGUGCGGGAGGUGACCAAGCUGCCUCGCGAUCAUGGAUGGACGCGGGCGAGGAUGACGAAGAUCUGGGCUUCGGCAACAACAGCAAUAAGAAGAAGGCGGCUCAGAACCCCGGUGGAGACGAUGCCGACGAGGAGAAGACACGGGAAGAAGAGAAGCGAAAGAAGGAAGAAGAAGAGGCCAAAGCGAAGAAGGCGCAGGAGGAAGCCAGUAAGCCUGCCACGAAUUCCUGGCUCGGUAGACUCUGGGGUCGUAAAGAAGCCUCUCCGGCAGCGGGUGCAGAUGGGGCUACGAAAGCCGUGCAAGCUCACAUGGGUGAAGAGUCUGCCUUUUACUACGACAAGGAGCUCAAGCGCUGGGUUAACAAGAAGGCUGGCGAUUCAGGAGGGGCAGCAGCCACACCUCCACCACCCCCACGCGCUACUACGGCUUCACCCUCCAUGGCGACAGGCGGCGGUGGAGCUGGUGGUGCGCAUGGGGCAGGGAGGUCCGUCAGUGGACCUGCCAGCUCACACCGAGCAGGAUCUGAGCGAGCCGCCUCGCCUUCCCCUGGUCAAGGUCAGAACUACCGCGCAGCAGGCGGCUCCAGCACUCCUUCCAUCAGCGAAGGCGCAGCAGUCGGUGGCUCUUCACCAACACCCCUCUCCAUGGCAGGCGGACCACGAGGUCCUCUACCCCGGGCUAGAUCCAAUCUCGCAGACCCAAAUCAACCCCCGGCCAUUCAGCCUCCGAUGCGGCCUAGCACGGCAGCUCCCCUCGGUGCUGGUGGUAGCGGCGGUGGUCCUCCGGGUACGGGGAGCGGUACGCCCCCUCCACCGAUGCCUGGAGGUGGAACACGGAGCGGACCAAAGAAGAGGGCAAUCUCGAGUCGGUAUGUCAGGGUGGACUGAGAAGAGAGGACUCGAAAGGGACUGGACAAUGAUGAGGCGGUCAUGCGUAAUACUAUUCUCUUGUUGAGUUUUCUGCAUUGGUAGUGAGCUCGCCCAAAGGAUGAAACGGUAAAGAGAGCUGCUCCUGAUCCUGCAUUCAGCUUUACCACCUCUCAUUGUACUUGCCCUUCUGAGUCGCAGCCCCAACCUGCACCCCCUCCUUACCCGCACUCUCCUCUCCACCCAUACUAAACUCCUCAGCAUCUGCCGCUUCCUGUCUCAUCUUCUCAAAAGC